AUGGCCGACAGAAGAAAAGAGUUGCACUCCAUCGACCACCCGACCACCCGCCCAGCUCCCGGGAAGUGGCUCCGAUCUGGCUACGCCGUCCCCCACGGCGCAGACGGAUGCACUCGAGCUGUAAACGGUCACGCUCCAGGCAAAGCAGUCGUGGAUGUCGUGGACUUGUGCACGAGUGGCGACGAGAUCUAG